AUGAAGGUGCUCAGUGCCUUUUCUGAAGCCAUGUCCUCCAGCAACCCCCGCCCCCCUUCGUACCUAGCCCCGGUGGCUCUCUCCUUGGCUCUGUUGCUCCAUCUAUCCCUUUCCUCCCAAGCUGGAGACAGGAGACCCUGGCCUGUAGACAGAACUCCAGGUUUGAAGGAAAAGACUCUGAUUCUACUUGAUGUGAGCACCAAGAACCCAGUCAGGACAGUCAAUGAGAACUUCCUCUCUCUGCAGCUGGAUCCCUCCAUCAUUCAUGAUGGCUGGCUCGAUUUCUUAAGCUCCAAACGUCUGGUGACCCUGGCCCGGGGACUUUCGCCUGCUUUUCUGCGCUUCGGGGGCAAAAGGACAGAUUUCCUGCAGUUCCAGAACUUGAGAAAUCCGGCGAAAAGCCGCGGGGGCCCAGGUCCGGAUUAUUAUCUCAAAAACUAUGAGGAUGACAUUGUUCGGAGUGAUGUUGCCUUGGAUAAACAGAAAGGCUGUAAGAUUGCCCAGCACCCUGAUAUUAUGCUGGAGCUCCAAAGAGAAAAGGCAGCUCAGAUGCAUCUGGUUCUUCUAAAGGAGCAAUUCUCCAAUACUUACAGUAAUCUCAUCCUAACAGCCAGGUCUCUAGACAAACUUUAUAACUUUGCUGACUGCUCUGGACUCCACCUGAUAUUUGCUCUAAAUGCACUGCGUCGAAAUCCCAAUAAUUCCUGGAACAGUUCUAGUGCCCUGAGUCUGUUGAAGUACAGCGCCAGCAAAAAGUACAACAUUUCUUGGGAACUGGGUAAUGAGCCAAAUAACUAUCGGAGCAUACAUGGCCGGGCAGUAAAUGGUAGCCAGUUGGGAAAGGAUUACAUCCAGCUGAAGAGUCUGUUGCAACCCAUCCGGAUUUACUCCAGAGCCAGCUUGUAUGGCCCUAAUAUUGGGCGACCCAGGAAGAACGUCAUUGCUCUUCUAGAUGGAUUCAUGAAGGUGGCAGGAAGCACAGUGGAUGCAGUUACCUGGCAACAUUGCUACAUUGAUGGUCGUGUGGUCAAGGUGAUGGACUUCCUGAAAACUCGCCUAUUAGACACUCUCUCUGACCAGAUUAGGAAAAUUCAGAAAGUGGUCAAUACACAUACUCCAGGAAAGAAGAUUUGGCUGGAAGGUGUGGUGACCACUUCAGCUGGAGGGACAGACAAUCUAUCAGAUUCCUAUGCUGCAGGAUUCUUAUGGCUGAACACUUUAGGAAUGCUAGCCAAUCAGGGCAUUGAUGUAGUGAUACGACACUCAUUUUUUGACCAUGGAUACAAUCAUCUGGUGGACCAGAAUUUUAACCCAUUACCAGACUACUGGCUCUCGCUCCUUUACAAGCGACUGAUUGGCCCCAAAGUCUUGGCAGUGCAUGUGGCUGGGCUCCAGAGGAAGCCAAGGCCUGGAAGAGUCAUUAGGGACAAACUCAGGAUUUAUGCUCACUGCACAAACCACCGCAACCACAACUAUGUUCGUGGCUCCAUUACACUUUUUAUCAUCAACCUACAUCGAUCAAGAAAGAAAAUCAAACUGGCUGGGACUCUCAGGGACAAACUCGUGCACCAGUAUCUGCUGCAGCCCUAUGGGCAGGAGGGCCUAAAGUCCAAGUCAGUACAGCUGAAUGGACAGCCCUUAGUGAUGGUGGACGACGGGACGCUCCCAGAAUUGAAGCCCCGGCCCCUGCGGGCUGGCCGGACAUUGGUCAUCCCUCCAGUCACCAUGGGCUUUUACGUGGUCAAGAAUGUCAAUGCUUUGGCCUGCCGUUACCGAUAGACCACACCUUCCACAUACAAGCUACUGGUGGGCUUGCUGGACUGCUUUCAACUCUUCCAUCCUAAUAGUACCCUUAGUUUCCACACACUUCCUUAGUAACCAGCCUCUGCUCCCCAUCUGACUAUAGUCAAUAUAAACUUGUUCUCCAAAAAACUAGAUGUUAUAGUGUGAGCUUAGCCUAUGUAGAUCACAUCUGUCCCUUAGGAAAAUGUAGACAUCCUCUGUUCCUAUGUGAUGAUAAAGCUAUGUGCCCAUUUAUGUAUACCAUGAAAACAGGCUGACAACACACUUCCAGAACAAAUGUUUGCAAACCACUCCCCAUGAUCCUGGUCAAACCCCAAGACUUCGCCUGUUGCUGCUGCCUUCAGCAGAAGAUGAGGAAGGAACAGAGGACCUGAAAGAGUCUAACCCUCUUCCAUUUCUCUCCUUUGUCUAUUUCCUGCUGCUGUCCUGGGUUUCCUGAUACCUCUCUUCCCACAGGGAGCAAGUGGGUGAUUCAGCUCUGGCCUGCUGGUGAGCUGCUGAUGUAAUUUCCAGGCUGAAGUAUGAGUGUGUGCAUCUGGGUUUCUGACAGUGGCAUCCAUCACGGGCGAGUCCUCUGGGAAGCGAGUGCUUCAAAAGUAGAAUUAUAAUCGUACUCCAGAUUUUGUAAGAAGGUUCUAUGCCUCUGUGAAUACAGAUCCCCCCAGGCUUAGAAUGGGAGUCCGGUAACACUGUCCUUUGAGUGGAGAGCAAUGUAUUAGGCACCACAGAAAGCAAUCAUCAUCCUUCAUGUUGCCAGGAGAGAAAGAGCUGUACAACAAAGAGAGCACAUGACAGCAUCAAGUGUGUGUGAGAGAACACACAUGUGCACACACAUGCACACACGCACGCACACACGCACUCAACAAAACAAUUUAGACUUGUCUCCUAAACUGAAAGGAUAUCAAGGUCUCAGGAUAGUAAACCCUUAGUUGUUUGGCUGAUCAAAGGCCAUUCAGAAGAAAGUGUGACUUAAAGUCAUCAUUUCAAACACAACUACAUCUGACCUCUCUGCCCCUUCCUACAUAGCUGAGCCUCUCAAUGGCAUUGACUAGGCAGAAAUCCACUCUAGUCAUUGGAUAUGACCAGGUCCAGUCUAGCCCAUAGUUCAAAGCUUUCAGUUAGCCACACUGGGGGAGACCUGGAAUCUGGAUACAUGUAAAAGUGGCAAAAGCGAAGAAUGGUAAGUGGGAGGCUUCUAGUUAAGGAGGUGGACAGGGGAUGAUGAGAAUUUAUAGGACUCAAGGGAUAUGUAGGUCUUUGCAUACUAGCUACAUCUAUAAUGACCUUUUUCUGUGGUUGUGAUUUCCUCAGGGGAAAUGGCAUGAAUGAUGCUUUUCUUAAGGAGGAGGGAGGUACUUGACGCUAUCCUGGGUGCCAGUUAAGAAAGUGGCACAUGAGAUCUGGCUUUUACAUAGGUGCUGGGGAAUUGAACCUGGUCCCACAGCCUUAGAAAUCAUGCUUCUUUAACUGAAGAAAUAUCUCUAUACCCUGGGAGAUGGUUUGGAGAGAGUUUUAUGUGGCCUAGGCUGGUCUUGAACUCAUCAUAUAGCUGAGGGUGGACUUGAACUCCUGAUCCUCCACCUACACCUUCCAAGUGCUGGGAUUGCAGAUAUGGACCACGACCUGCAGCCACUGGGUUUCAAGCAAGUU